AAUUGAGUGUGCAAGACGACGUCAUUCUUUGGGGAAGUAGAGUGAUUGUGCCAGCACAGGGCCAAUUACGCAUUCUGAGAUUACUACACGAGUCUCAUCCUGGAAUUGUCCGAAUGAAGGCCUUUUCACGAAAUUAUGUUUGGUGGCCAUAUCUGGACAAGGAUAUUGAAGCUACUGUGCAGAGUUGUAAUGCAUGCCAGAUCAAUGCUAAACUACCACCCACAACGCCCAUGCAUCCAUGGGAAUAUCCUAAAGGACCUUGGGAUCGUGUUCACAUUGACUUCGCAGGACCUUUCCUGAACCGAAUGUUUCUCAUUGUGACUGACGCUUAUUCCAAGUGGAUGGAG